UUCACUGAAAAAUUAACUCAAGUCUAAAUAUAUAUUGCAUCACACGCGAAAGUACAUCGAUAGAACAGACUCGACAGUGGAAGCAAUUACAGAAAAUGCAAUAGUAGACUUGAAAACACUAUAGCAGAAGCGAAUAAAAAUUAGUCUUCAACCUGACUCUGUCGUUAACAGACGCGCAUGAGAUGGAGUCGUUGAAUUUACUACUUUGGACCCUUAUUGUUGGGGCCAUUGGUGUCAUAAUAUUUCUCUAUUAUAAAGCACAUUUUUGGAAUGGAAAAAAAACCCCUCACCUUAAACCUGUUAUGCUAUUUGGCAAUACUACACCAAUUUUUUUUCAAACCAAAUUUAUUGGUCAGUUUAUCAUUGAUCUCUAUAAUAGUUUUCCCGAAGCUAAAUACUUCGGAAUGAUGGACAUUCAUAAACCAGUAGCUGUUAUUCGAGAUCCCGAUUUAAUCAAGGAACUUUGUGUGAAAAAUUUUGAAAAUUUUCUCGAUCAUCAAUCGUUUAUUGACGAAACAAUGGAUCCUAUUUUUGGGAAAAAUGUAUUUUCCCUAAAAGGUGAGCGUUGGAGGGAAAUAAGAAAUACACUCAGUCCAUCAUUCACGGCAACAAAAAUGAAAUUUAUGUUUGAAUUAAUAGAGAAAUGUGCUCAAAAUUUUGUUCAAUAUUAUUUAAAUCAUGAAGAAGAAACGAACUCAAUUGAAAUCAAGGACGCAUUCACGAGAUAUACCAAUGACGUGAUUGCCACAGCAGCAUUCGGAAUAAGUGUCGAUUCCUUAAAAGAUAAAAAUAAUGAAUUUUAUUUACGGGGUAAAGAUGCCACGUCAUUUGGCAAAGGAUUGCGUGCUUUUAAAUUUUUACUUUUUCGUACUAUUCCACAAUUCAUGAAAUUAAUCGGCGAGCCAUUCUUGACACGUUCCACGGAUCGAUUUUUUAAGAGAAUUGUUAGUGAAACUGUGAAAGUGCGAGAGGAAAAGAACAUCAUUAGACCGGAUAUGAUUCAUUUACUAAUGGAAGCAAGGGACAAGGACAAUGGUGUUGAAUUAACACCCGAUGACAUUAUUGCACAAUGUUUUAUUUUCUUUUUAGCAGGAUUUGAUACGACUUCAACGGCAAUGUGUUUUGUUGCUCAUGAAUUGGCGAUGAAUCCUGAUGUACAAGACAAAUUGCGCAAUGAGAUUGACACUUUUACGGAAAAUAGAGAGGAUAAAAUUACCUAUGAAACUCUUUCAAAAAUGAAAUAUCUGGAUAUGGUUGUUUCGGAAGCAUUGAGAAAAUAUCCACCAGCCCCAUCGACAGACAGGGUAUGCAUUAAAAAAUUUACAUUACCAAAAGCAACACCAGACAGCGAAGAUUAUACAGCCCAGCCAAAAUCCGUUAUUUGGAUCCCUAUUCAAGGACUUCAUCACGAUCCGAAAUAUUUUCCCGAUCCUGAGAAAUUUGAUCCGGAAAGAUUUAGUGAUGAAAAUAAGGAUAAAAUUCAUCCCUAUGCAUAUUUACCAUUUGGUGUCGGACCAAGAAAAUGCAUUGCCAACAGAUUUGCAUUAAUGGAAACAAAAUUGUUGUUCGUUUAUAUUUUACAGAAUUUUAUAUUGGAAAAGAGUGCAAAAACAAAGCAUCCAAUAGAAUUUCAAAAAGGUUUUACGAUUGUUGCCAAAGGUGGCUUAUGGGUAAAAUUCACAAAAAGAAACAAAUGAACAAUAAAAAAAUUACGUCUGUUUUAAUAAUUACUUUUUUACUCUUUUACUUGUAAAAAAAAAGCAGUUUAACAUUGAGAUGUUGCUUAUUUGAUUUACAUAAAUCUAUUUUUUGCAUGAAUCUAAGAAAUCUUGUGAAAUCACAAAAAAUUAUUCACUUUUGUAAAUAAUGAUAAAGAAACAAUGACAUUUAAAAAAGAAUAACACCGAUAAUAUUUUUGCAGAAUAAAUAAAUAAUUAAAAGUUUAAUCUGCAUUGUUUUAAUUUGUAUAAUUUUUGUACCAAAAGUAAUGAAACUGAAUUCUGUAUA